AUGAGCCUCAAUGGAGACGCAAGCAAUGGUGGCAGUGCUGAUGUGGACAGUGGACACUGGGGUUAUCGUCGUCAUCCUCGGCGGAAGUGUGGCCGUCGCCCUCAGAAACCGCGAACUGUUCCCGAGGUUCAUGGUUGGAAGGCGACGACGAGCAAGCUGGGGUUGGCUUUGGCGCCGGGGCUGGUGCUUGGUGCUACCUCGAUCUGGAGUGAUCGAGUAGCCGCCUUCGCCAGAGCGCCACGAAGACGACAGCUUCCACUCACACCUUCAAAACCAUACCUCUCCUACCAUGAUAUUCUCCUAACGAGUGACGAUAUCGUCUCGCUCAAAUAUGACUGGCUUACCGAUAACAACAUCGCCUUCUGGGAAGAAUGGCUCGAGAGAGAGGUCCUUCCCAAGUACCCGCGCGCCCACAUCGUUCUCCUACGACCUAGCAUAACGUUCCUCCUGAUGCAAGCUAUCGACCUCAAAAGCAUCGGCAGCGCGCUACCGGACUUCAGGAAAACGACGCACAUCUUCCUGCCGGUCAACGACAGCCGGGACCGCGAGCGCGCCGACGGCGGUUCCCAUUGGUCUCUGCUGGUCGUGUCCGUCAUCGACCGUGUUGCGUUCCACUACGACUCGCUCGGCGGUGCAAACUUUUACGAAGCGCAAAAGUGUACGGACCGUCUCGGCCGGGUGCUCGGCGUGCCCCUGCGGUUCCACCAGAUGGAGGACUCGCCCCAACAGGGCAACAACAGCGACUGCGGCGUCUACGUCUGCAUCGUUAUGCGCCAUCUCCUCAUCAAGAGGCUACUCAAUGCCAACUCCAACGAAAAGGUGUCCAUGUCCAUGGCCAACAAGGUGAUCGACAGCGCGGGCGGCCGCAAGGAGAUGAUGCAGAUCAUCGAGUCGUUACGGAAGGAGGGCGAGAGGCGACGGAGCUUGAGCCCCAUGUCGACGUCGUCGAAAUCCGGAUCGUCAAAGACACCGCCCCGCAUUGAGUAG